AUGUACAGGACUGACAUCGCUGAUUUGGCAAUCUUUUGCAGCGGUAGGAGGAUUCAGGUGAGUUCGUGAUGCACGCAACUAAAUCCUUCAGGGCGCCCAAUUUUUGCAAAUGGUAUACUAUCUAGAUGUUAAAUCAUAUGCUGCAAAGAUUUGGUGCUGAGAAUCUUAUAAUGUUGCACCUGUUAACCUUUUUCAUCAAAGGCCUCUAAUUCCGCCAUUCCUUGAAUUAUUUUAAGUUUGCGUACUAAGGCAUCCAGAUGACUUCAGCCCGGAUGGCACCCACAGCUUGAUGUUAUCGACAACCAUGGCGGUAUUAAAAUAGUUUAUUGGCAAAGUCGUUGACAUAUAAAUUGAACAGAGAAGGGGCUACGUACGAAUUUCUGGGAAAACCGAUCUCAACCGCAACCUUCAUCGCUUGUUGGUCACAAACACAGACGAUUUGAGGACGAUCGACUUGAGGGCUUCAAGUGCACCUUAGAUGCUUCUCCCAAACAAGUGUUCGGUAAAAUUUGUAUAGGGGUCGCCUAUGCGGUACACUGUUGAAUGCCUUCUAAGAGUUGGUGGGGACCACAUCCACCGCAUUCAACCCAUAAAUAUUCCAGUCCAGUGUUUGGCAGAUUAUGGCAAGGUUUCCACGCAGAAACUCCAUGAGCCUGAUUGCUUUGCUCCAGUUUAUCUGGAAGAACACGUAUUAAUAGAGUGUUUCCCCCAAACUUUGAAUAACGUAUUUGCACCUGGUCUUAGGUUGUUAAGACCACUCGUUGUUUUGCGGUUGCCGAAUGCUUUUGGUUGCGCUCGGGAAUUUCCCAUUAACGAACUCUUGCGACAAAUUUGGUGCUGUUUGUAUGUGGCCAAUCAGGCGUUAUCAUACUGUUAUCAGCGUCAGUAAAAGCGUAUCGGACAUCGGCUCAAAGCAGCCCGAAAACUAUUGGGGAACACAUAAAAAUACUAUAGUAUGGGCCUGAGGUUAUUUGUUGACGUUGAUACAAUGACCAAGGUCACUUCUUGGGGUGCAUUCCGCGGUACGUCAUUCUAACUAAAGCCUCAAAGUCACGUAGGAUCUUCUGACACAGUAAGGAUUCGAGUCCGUUGGUGAUAUCCUCAGUUUGGAGAUCGGGUUAUGACAGAAACUGGCGCUCAUCACUCAAGGCCUAAUGACCUUGGCCUCCAGGCCGUAGUCCUCGCUAACUCGCCUCCGCGUUACAUUCGGUGUUCAAUCCCCGUUAGCUUCCCGUGAACCUACCGCGGCCGUAGUAGUCCCGACAACUGAGUCUGGCCUCGCGCUCAGCUUACCUUGAAGAAGCUGGAAAUUAUGCUUGGGAAAUUAUAAGAUAAGGACAAUCGAUGGUUGUUGUCCAGCUUCGUUCAAAUUGUUGGCUCCUUAAAGCGGUGACGCAUGGAAGACGCAGAGGUUUUUGCGGACUGCUGGCCUUUUGGCGGGAGAGCCCCACACCACCCGCUGGGUGUAAUAAUGCUUUAAAUGACCGACUGCGACCUGCACAACUUCACGAAACGUGUUUGCGCUGGCCGCUAGUCUAACGUCUGAGAGUUCUGACCACGACGAGAUAGGCACAUCUAGAUAUAUGUUACUCUGUUAGGCUAUAAGCCAAGACCGAAUCUCUCCAGAAAUUUUGUCAUAAACUUGUUUUUGUCCCCCUCCCGAGGGAUUAUUCCACUUAUUUUGUUCGUUAUAUAUCCGCGCCCCUCACGACUAACUCCAUUUUCUUACCGCCUUCUUAGGCCCAUGCCUUACUUUCGGUUUGUUUGCCUCAUACCUGAUAUCUCAACUGCGCCAAAUGUUUGUUUCGACCUUGCAGAUCAUGACAGAGAAGCGGACUAAUGCCUUUAAUCUGAAGCUUGUAAUGGAUCAUUUCAGUAAGGCGGUGACGGAUGAUGAUACCGACGUCCGUCUUGAAGACUACUGUGUUGGUUAUGACGAACUCUCCAAGUUGGUUACCACCUCAUCUUGCUCUUAACCUGGUGUUCAGUCUAUUAGAUGCACUCGGAAGAAUAAUGUACUUUGUUUUGCGUGAUGUUAACAAGAAGCUGCAAAUCCUCAAUAACCUUCGAGAUCCUAAGACCAGCCCCGACUGUUAUGAAAAUUUCGUCUCUGUUGGUAAGAUGUGUGCGUUCGAGACAAGUCAGUACAAGGACAAUAAGCCGGUUGGAAAACUACUUACCUAUGGCAGCCGGAAUCUCCUCCGUCUACACCGGGCACUCCUCUUCAUAAUAUACCUGUUUGAGCGAGUUUGCUCAGGUAGGUGUUCUUAAUUAGACUGUUUAUGUAACGCUAUCCGUAAUGCCUUGUUACUGUGGCUGUGGUAGAUGUCUGAAGUGCGAGGUCUGAGUUUAGUGAAGUCCAUUUCAUAUGCGUCGAGAGAACAUCUUGUGGGCUAGCGCCUCGCAGUUAGAGCCAGAGCGCGUAUGUGGCCCGCGUAGACAGGCUGCUUGAAUCUGUUAGCCACAGCGCCUGCACCCAUCUCCGGUCGUCCUGACGCUGUGGAGCAGGAAAAAGUGCGGUAGACGUUGUGCAAGUCUGCACCUCGGUAAGCUGGUUCUCGCGCAAAUCACUGUCCUCCGCUCAUUCCAUGAGGCAUACAGUAAAUUUCGUUUGAAACGAUCGCGUUUUCAUCCGUCUGUAAUGCCUCCUAAAUGCAAACUUAUGGAGACUGUCUGGAAUAUGAGGUCUGAGCUUAGUGAGAGAGAGCAACACAUGACCGAAUGCCAUGCUGGCUGCUGUCCAGUCGUUCAUACACAAUGAGUGAGACAGAUGUUCUGGUAAUUCAUUGCGGCAGUUCAUAUCCCGUGGAAGUUGGCGGAAAGUGGGUGUCCUCUUCGAUUCCAUCGAACAAACGUUUUGCCUCUGGAAGGCGGUAAUGCAGCAAAUAACCAGACUCAAGUAAUCGCCCGGAUGAGUGGGCGUGGCUCUGUCGCAUUAGCUAGCCUAGCUAAUCAUGAUGCCAGCUGACGGGCAAGUUUAUUAUGCACCGCAUGACUCGACCUUCGCUUCGUCCUGCUGGACCGGGCGCCGCCAGAUGAGUCGGCAGAAUCCCUCCACUCUUCUGUCGUAUUUCACUCCAAUAGACGACUUGGCCGUGGUUGUGAUGGCCAAAAUCCAUCCGUUGUCCCAGGAUGCUGUUUCCCAGUUCUUAUUAGCAAGCGCCUUAGCUCGAAUUCUAGUCCUUAACAGCUGUUUUAUGUACUUUUACUCGGAAAAAAAUUAUGCUUACACUCUGUCAUUUCGGCUUGCGAAGUAAUUUAAAUUUAACCGGACAGGACCGCUUGUCUCCUCUGUCGCCGUCGUGAGUGCUUAAGCAUUUGAGGUUGGCCUCGUAAGGUUUAUUUGAGUGAGUUAGGUGGGUGGAAAUUUUGGGUUUAUUCGACAUCUUGGUGCGUUUUGCGAUAAAAUGAAAUAUAAUUAAAAGUGACAACACCCAUGUCUCCUACAGUGUUUACGUUCGCGUUCAAAAUGUUCCGUUCAAGACGCCUUGCCCUCGUAAAAUUGACCUAGCCUCCGGGCUCCGGGAACAUAAAUCUGGUCCCUCUGCAGACUAAGUUAAAGGAGAAGGCAGUACCGAAUGGUAUCGUUGAAACUUAGUCCUACUGGACGGCUGAGCGCUAGCAUCUUGCGACUGCUUGUCUAGAGAAUCCGAACCAUAUCCUGCAAUUACAUUACGGAAAAGAUAACCAGAGGAGUACUCAGAAGUGCCGACCUCAAUGGCGUAGGCUCCAAAUACCGGCGACACAUGAAACCUCCAUCAAUUUAGUCGCCCAGUUAUAAGUGAAUCUCGUGCAAUGAGUACUUUUCCGCGGCAUAAGUAACGGCCUCACUGCCGAAAACUCGGUCAGGGUCGUCAAUGACCCAUUUUUCACCCUUUUCCGCCUCCCUCCCCUCUCAUCGAAGUUCAUUCCUUAAAUAUCGCAUGACUUCUCCCAGGAAGAAUUCGAAGCUUCAUCACUCAAGCCGCAUAACGACAAGGCGCCCGGGGAAGACGGAAUCUCUGACAAAGUCAGCAGGUCUCGUGUCAACGCCUGCGCUCUGGACAAGCGCACGAAAAUGUGCUUGCUGUUGUUUAUAUGAACGUGGUCAUCCUUUUGCUCAUCUUCUGGAGGGGGGUGGAACGAGGUGUAAAAACCACCUUAGCAUUGUUGGGAAGACCCUGUAGCGGUUAAGCAGUGUGAGUGUGUGAACUCAGAGGACUACAAUAAUCAGGCCAAAUCCCAUUUUGGAGGAGAAGACGGAAGACACGCGAAUGAAGGGUCUAUUGUCUGGCGACGGUGGACACUGACUGCGUCCAGUCAUGCCUGGGAGUCCGUGAGACAGCUGCUUUUGUAGGCUCAUUGGCGGCAUAUGUUGCAUUCGCAGGCGGGUGGUGAGUUCAAGUGGCCCAUGUGCAGCCGCGACUCCGUGGACGCACGUGCAUCCGAGUAGAAGUCGGUCGAGUGACUGCAGAUCGGUAUGUUUGGAUCCGUUCGCUGCAAAGAUUAAUGAUCUUAACCCAACGGGACCCGGAACAAGGACGCCAGACAUUGCCCUUUAUGGCUUUCGGUAACAGUCCUUCCGACUGUCAUUUUCCGAGUGUUUCAGGAUGUAGGUGACGCGAAUACGACAUCCAACCAGACCGGUUUCCGGACUGGGCUUGGGUGCACUGGUCAAAUACCCACACUGCCGCGCAUUUUCGAACUCCGCCGUGGCCCGAAACUGUCUUCUUUGUUGAUUUCAGCGCAGUGUUGACUUCUGUCCGUCGUAAGUCCCCUGGCGGAUUAUGCGACUGGGUGGUGUGCCGGCCGAAACCAUUGUUGUGGUUGAGGCCCUCUAUCGCUGUUCCACCGCUCGUAGCGGUCUCUGCUAGACGUUCGACGUUUCUUGAUGUACACCGUGUUUGCGCCCUGUCGCACAUUGUAUUUGACUAAGUAACUGACUGCAUUUUCGGGUGGAGCUCUGCGAUUUUUGCACCUGAUUGCCGGCCGAAUAAGCUGACGGUAUCCUCCCACCAGCAUGAAGCUAUCGUGACCCGUAUAAUUUAAUGUCGCGGGAUGAUUGGACUUUUAAAUCAGUUGGUUUACCCAUCAACGCUUCGAAUGCCAAAGUGUUUUUGGAUGGAAUCCCUGACUAAGAUGAAAUACCCUCCUAUUAAUUGCUGCCAGUUUCAUAUAUAGCAGACGAAGUUGCCGCCAAAUGGACGGAGUAGAGACGAUAUCUUCUGCCGAGUCGUUACUGUUGACAGGGUUUUGGCAAACGUUAGAAGACGCCUUUAGACACGUCACGAUAUCUCCGUAAGAAUCCUGUCAGCCUCCCCCCACGGUUCUUAGUGCUGCGCCGUGCGCGUGGAGGUGAGCAAAAACUCGCGGUGUUCAACAUUCGUCGCUCAAGAACGGUCCUUUAAUUGGAAUAACCCGUCUUCGUCCGGAAGGAGACAGUUUGCACCCUCUGUGACUACCGUUGAGGGGGUUUCGACGUCUGUGCUCGUCACUUGCUCCACGGUCGCAAUGGCACUGUUUCGAUCACAGAACGCCAAAACCUGGAGAUGAUUUUUUAGCCCUCAGUACCCGGUCUUCCUCGUUGGAAUAAAAAAGUUGUUUGUGCUCCCUAGGUCCGCCGUGGCGUGUGAUAAGGCACUAUCGGCUGCAUCGGUAUAACCGGCUAGAUCAGAUCUGAUCCAAACCGCACAUGUUAAAAGUAAUUUGAGGUUGCUAACGAACACUAUCUAACGUGAUCUUCUCAGGCCCUCGCGCCCCUUUUUGUAGUACACUUGUAACGUAGAAAAGAGAAGCCUUGUCGUAAUUUUGUCUUUCACUCCUUACCGCCUGUUUUCUCUCUCCGCCUCACCUUUACCUCGAUUAGCGGUAUUUCAGAGUUUUUUAUGUCUACUGAAGACUUUGCAGAUUGUGGUGACCAUAGCGAACGACGUCGACCACUGCGUGUCCCACGGUGUGGGCGCGAGACGGUAACUAGCUCGUGAUUUGGGUUUGUGGCGGGGCGGACUUGCGCAGUAUCUACCACGCUCACGCCUCCUUCACCCGUAGCAAUACUGUGUCAAGACGGCCGGACCUAAACCCGGGCACAGUGGCUGACAGAUUCAAACAGCCCGUCUGCGCGUGCCACACACACGACUAGUCCACACCAAGUGUGCCGGGGCUUCACGAUAUCGACCCGGAUCUUAUAUCAACGAGUGUCGUAAAAGACCCAGUGAGAAGGAUAUAUUGCUGCCUAACCCUGGGCCCUGAGGGAGACCAUGUUAUUCCAUAGGUUGGCAGCCUCCCGAGCCACGACCCUCUAGUGCAUCGGGAUAGCUUCAAGCACGUCGGAUUUAUUAUACUGAACGAUGCGCUCAUGUGCCGGAGGGGAUGGAUUCUCCAGCUUCGGUCUUGCUCUCUCUCUCCCUCCCUCUCGCUCUCUCUCUCCCUCCCUCUCUCUCUCUUCCUCUCCCUCUCUCUAUCUCUCUUCCUCUCUCUCUCUCCCUCUCUCUCUCUCUCUCUCUCCCAUGAACCAGUAGACUCCGAGCCUCUGCCAACGGGUGAUGGGAUUGGACGCAGUGGAUGACGCUGCGCCAAGGCGUCCCAUACAUUCCCCCCCUUGCAUAGCGGUAGUUACUGGCCUGUGCGAACUCUUCCCAGCUUGAUUCACGCAUGCCGUGAAUCAGUCCGACCCCCGUUCUGAUUCAGGGCCUCUACAGCAUGGCCCAUUGUGAUACACUACAUGAGAGCGAACGUGCGAUCGCCCCGUCGCGUUCGUCCGGUUUUCUAAAUGAUUCCAGUGGUCUCCACACUCCACUAGUCUUCCUUAACUCUCUAACUGGCCGGGCCUUUGACGCAGUCACGUAUGCCUUCACUCACGCUGAGUGCGGUCUCAGAGUACGGACACCGAUGCAUAUUUAGGUGCUGUCAACCUCCGAAUGCACUUCCCGUCUAUGGGACGAAUAUCAAGUCCGUACUUCUCCGCUCGUUGGAAGUCCUUUUCGAAGCCAUCUGCGUAACAGUAUUCCUAUCCGCACGGUCUGGCCCCCGUACGUGUGCAGUAUUUUCAUUCUACUUGAGUGGGAUGGACGUUUUGCACUUGUUCUCGAUCUGGGCCAGUCGCACUGAGCAUAGGGUUUGGUUAGCUAUUGACACCCACAGCCAUCUUCCUGACCUCGGUCACACGGUCAAUGACAACAAAGCUGGCCUGAGGCUGCUGAGGAACGCCGUUAGAUCUGCGACGCUGCAGGAAUCAGCGUCCGUAAAUGAGCUAUUGCCAAAAAUCACCUCUCAAACAUGUCAGUGGUGCCUUAUUUCUCUUCUGCCCUGCACAGAACCCGAUGAGAAAACCCUCUGUGAGUUGGCCCAGUCUGCGUACGACGAGACGCUUGCCAAGCAUCACCCCUGGGUCGUACGAAACGCCGUCAACGUGGCCUUCCACGCUCUUCCCUACCGUCAGCAGUUUAUAGAAAGCAUGGUGGCAGCCCAGCCACCGGACAGUCAACUCACCACUGUUGACGCCUGUCGCGACUUCCUUCUGAAGCAGGGUAUUCCUGCCCUGAAGAAGGCCUAUGAGGUGACGGAAGCCAUCUACAAGAAGUUCGACAUGUUGGACCUACCCUAG